AUGACUAAAUACGUUGUAAUUGGCUCUGGUAUAGUUGGAUUAUAUACUGCUUUUGUUCUUCUCGAACAAGGUAUCAAAUCGACAGAUAUUUCAGUAAUCGCCGAAUUUUUACCUGGGGAUGAGUCAAUAAACUAUACAUCUCCAUAUGCUGGCGGUAAUUUCUCAUGUAUUACUGGCGAUGAUCGUGAAACUUUAGAAUUUGAUAGAUAUACGUAUACUAAUUUGCAUAAGGUUCAAGAAAAAUUAGGGGGAAGUAAAUGUGGGUUAGAUCGCUACAUAUCUACCGAAUAUUGGGAUACAAUGCCAUCAGCAGCAAAAAGAGAUUCGUUGAAAGAAUACCUCGAAGAAUAUGAACUAAUUGCUGAGGCUGAUUUGCCACAGGGGGUAGCCUUUGGGAUAAAAUUUAGAUCAUGGAACUUUAAUUGCCCAUUAUUCUUACUGAAUUUUCAAGCAUUUUUAGAAAAUGAAAAUGGUAUUAAGUUUACAAGAAGAAAGCUCUCCCAUGUUUCUGAUGCGUACUCCUCUGAUACAAAAAUUGUAUUUAAUUGCACAGGAAUUGGCGCCCAUAAGUUAGGGGGAGUUAGUGACGUGGAUGUUUACCCCACACGAGGACAAGUUGUGGUAAUCAAGGCUCCACAUAUCAAAGAAAAUGUUAUGAGAUGGACAGAUUCAGACCCUACUUAUAUUAUCAAGAGACCUUAUUCAAAUGACCAAUUGAUACUCGGUGGCUUCACUCAAAAGGACAAUUGGACUGCCGAUACGUUUAAGAAGGAAACUAUCGAAAUCUUAGAAAAAACUACUAAGCUUCACCCAAAGAUCUUGAAAGAAAACCCUAAUGGAUCUAGUAUUAAGGAUUUAGAAAUUUUAAGAGUUGCCUCAGGCUUAAGACCAAGUAGACAUGGUGGCCCCAGGAUUGAAAAGGAAACUUUCAACAAUAAUAAAGUUUUAAUCCACAACUAUGGUGCUAGUGGGUAUGGAUACCAAGCAGGAUUGGCAAUGGGCCAUAAAGCUGUCCGUUUAGCUUUAUCUAGAGAUGUCAAGCUUUGA